AUGGACACUCCCAAAGGUGAUUGUCAAAUAUGCCAGCAGAAUGAGAUUAAGUACACAUGUCCAGCAUGUAAUACAAAGACGUGCUCACUAAAUUGCUAUAAAACUCAUAAGGAACGAGAUUCUUGCACCGGUAAAGUUGACACAACAAAAUUUAUACAGAAGCAGAAAUUGACGGACGAUCCAACACAUUUGAAUCGUGACUAUAACUACUUAUUGAAUGUCGAUAGAUCGAUACAUCUAUCGAAGGAAGAUGUCAAACAAAAAGCCAGAAACAUUUUGAAAAGAUCAAGACAAGACAAUAGACAAGAUAAAAAGAAAUUCAAGCAGAAUGAAGCAGAAAAUGACAAGAGAAAACUUCGGGUGAGUCAGAUUUUUCCUCACAAUCCAACUGUUGUUGUUAAGAGAGAGAAUACCAUGAUUGUACAAGUCCCACCAGGAAUGCAAAGGGCCAUGUCCAACAAGACCGGUUAUGAUAAAAAAUCAAAUAAUUUUACAUGGACCAUAGAAUGGAUUGUAAUAGAUACUACCGGGAACAAGGAAAUUGUAAAGUUUCUCAGCUAUCGACUCAAUGAAGGUUUGAGUCUUAAUAAGGCUGUUCCGAUGAAUGUUUUGAAAAACAACGGUAUAACGGAGCAAGACGAAUUGUACUUUUACUUAAAAAAUGUGACAAAUACCCCCCCUAAUUCCAUUAUUAAACUAUAUGGUGAGCAAUCAAUUAGUAAUGCAUUGAAGGAUAAAAUUGUGUUAGAGUACCCAACGAUUUAUGUGACCACAAACGAAGAGGCAAUGGUAAGCCGGAUUGUAGAAGAAAGUGGAGCGUAUGAAGCUGAAACAUAUGAUCUGGACACUGACGAGUCUGAUCUGGACUCAGACUCAAGUCUGGAAAGCUCUGACAGUGAAGAAAGUUCCGAUGAUAAUAGUGAGAGUGACUCUGAUAGUGGACCAGAGGAAUCAACAGCCAAACCUACUGGUGCUAAUAAAGUGUACUCAGAUGAACUGUUUGGGGAAGUACUCCGCGUGUCUGAUACGACGAGGGAUAGCUUAUAG